AUGGCUUUCAAUUCGGCUGGUGAUUUCAAGAGUUUGUACGGAUCACCCAUACUCUCCAGCCACAACUUUCUAACCAGUAACAUCGGGGGCGGAGGCUCCUUGUUCGACAAUCAUCCGCGCAACAGGGACUGGAGCAGGCCCAGCAACCUAAAGAGCUACGGCGGUGGAGAUUCCAACCUCGGAUCUAAUUAUGGGAACCCCGGCAGGUUCGGCGGCCUCAAUUUUGACAGAUUCGGCGGACAGCCCGACAGGUUCGCCUCGAGCAGCUAUUUAAACGGCCUAUCGGCAACGAACUACCCCAGUAACGGAUACUCUGGCAACUACCUGCCCCGCGACGGCCUUCUGAACGGGAACCUGAAGUCCGAGGGUCUGUUUAAGGGCGAGUCGCAGUUUGAGGUGCCGAGUUACUUGAAAAGCGUGGACACGUACACGCCAAGCCGGCUCAACCGGAACGCCGGCAACCUGUCGAACGCUUACGGCACGCCCACCAGGUCGUUCAGUGCCGCCGCUCGCCCCAACGGCUUCGCCGGCGCCGGCAACCAGAACUACAACUACCACGCCUCCAAAUUUAACCCGAGCUCGAACAACUACGACGCAGGCGGAUCAAACCUGCUGCGCUCGAGCCUCAACGACGACUGGAAGAGGAACAACUACCUGAAGGUCUCCAACUCCCCCAACCUGAAGUUCAGCAGCCACUUUUUCCCCAACAACUCCCGCGUUCUCGGCGAGCGCGGCCGGGGCUACGCCGAGGUGGCCGACCACCUGCACUACGCGAAGAGCCGCGAGAAGCUGGAUAGGAUCGGGCGGAACCUGGACUCACUCUCGCCCCCCGGAGCCCGCAACUUCGACUCGAAGCACUCCGGCAACUACGGCUCCAACUUCAACUCGACCAGCGCCUUGGAGCCCCUGGACGGGUUCGAGAGCGCUCUCAACGGCAACUUCAACAGCGACUCUUACGUCAACUCCCACUCCCGCCUUUUCAGCCGCCCGGACGCCUACGCCAGGCCCGGCGGCCAGGACGCCUACGGCAGACUCGGGGGUUCCGACGCCUACCGCAGGUUCGACGACUCGGACGCCUACGGCAGGUACAAGCCCUCCGAGUCCUACGGCAGGUACAAGCCCUCCGAGUCCUACGGCGCCUUCAACAGGCCCGACGCGUUCAGUCGGUUCAGCGGAGCUCAGCAGUACGGCAGGUACAGUGCGCCUGAGUACCCCGACAAGUUCUCCGGGCUCGACAAGUACGCCAAGUCGAACCCGCUGGACUCGAGCCUCAACAACUCCUACCUCAGCAGCGUCAACAGGUACGCGGACGCGCAGGAGACGCUUUCGCCCUCCUUCGCCUUCAACUCGGACUUGGCCGACCUCAAUAUCGACGACCUCUAUGACAAGGUCAAGGAGCAGAAGCAGCAGCUGCUGAAGUUAAAGUCAGACUUUCACUAA